GCAGUUAGCUCCCUUUAACUGUCUAUUACUGAUCAUCUUCAACAUAGCGGCAUGGAUAAAGAUAUGGGCCAUGCCUCUCCAGAAUAUUGGAGCUUCCUCAUAUUUUAAACAUGAAGCUCCAUUAACGCGGUUUGUGGGGAAUCCAAGAACAGGGCAGGACAGUAGAGAAAUGAUUGAUGGCCUGUUGUGUGGUUCAUCAUUCAUUUUCUGAAGGAAAAUUAUGAUCCAAUAUACGCGGAGUCGAAGCCCCACUUCAAAGCAAAGGAAUCCAGAUAGCUUGAGUUGUACUUUGCUGCUUUUCUUCCUGGAAUUCGACUGCAACAAACAGUGGAGGAGGACCUUCCUUGAAAUUUCCAUCUCUGUCUACCCAUACCGUCAGUUUCCAUAUUUUGUUUUUUCAUAAACUGUAAGUUUUUUUUUUUCUUGGGAAUAAAAAAUUUCGAGGGGCUGACAUGACGAACCGGAUUAAUUUUUGGGAAGGUGUCGUCAAUUUACAUUCCAACGUUUGAUGCCUUAGGAACCAACAUGAUGAGUCAAGUGGGUCCAAAGGAAGAUAAUGAAGAGUAUGAGGGCAAUCGAAUCUUUGCCUAUAUAAGGAUGAACACAUCCAGGCUUCUCCAUCCAUUCAGAAAGCUGUUGUCACUUUAUUGUUCUUCAACAACAAAGCAUCCCCAUUACUAGAGCUCCAAUUUUCCUUUUUUUUUCUUGCCUAGAUGGCAUCCUGUCUUGCCUUUGUGCCUCUUUGACCACAAAAUUCAUCUCUUGUUUCAAUUUUUCUUUCAGUCUUGCUACCCUUUUUUGUCUUUUGAAAACAUCAUGUCCAAUAUUUUGCAUGUCAACUUAAGUAGCAUAGGGUCAUUACUCGAUGUGCCAAGCACCCUCAGCAAACCCAGCAAGAGAUGGCACUUGGCUUUUGCUACUAUAUAUUGUUCCAGGGCCCUACACUCUCUUCUCAACGAUCCUCUCUCCAACAACAAAAACAAGAGCAGGAAACUCCUGCUUAACACUCCUCCUUUUGUGGCCCUCGAUGUUAAGCCCUGUUCUGGCUUCUCAGACAUUGAUCAAACAAGCCUCACUGAUUUAGUGAAGGCGAAAAACUUAGACCAGCUUCUUGAACUCGGAGGAGUUGAAGGUGUGGCUGAAGCUCUAAAAGCAGAUUUCAAAAAUGGCAUCCACGGUGACGUUCAAGAUGUUGCUCGCAGGAAGCAGGAGUUCGGUUCAAACACAUACCAGAAGCCACCUCCGAAAAGCAUCCUCCACUUUGUGGUGGAAGCAUUUGAGGAUCUUACCAUUCUCGUACUUCUUGCUUGUGCAACACUCUCUCUCGGUUUUGGGAUUAAAGAGCAUGGAGUGAAGGAAGGGUGGUACGAUGGUGGAAGCAUCUUUCUUGCUGUCUUUCUAGUCAUUUCUGUCUCUGCUGUAAGUAAUUUCAAACAAAACAGACAAUUUGAUAAGUUGUCAAAGGUCAGCAACAAUAUACAGGUUGAUGUUGUCCGGCAAGGGCGACGUCAGCAGAUUUCUAUAUUUGAGAUUGUUGUUGGAGAUGUUGUUUGCUUGAAGAUUGGAGAUCAAGUUCCUGCUGAUGGAUUGUUCUUGGAUGGGCAUUCAUUACAAGUGAAUGAAUCAAGCAUGACAGGGGAGAGUGAUCAUGUGGAAGUCAACACCAGCCUGAAUCCAUUUUUGUUUUCUGGAACCAAAAUAGCUGAUGGAUAUGGUCGAAUGCUUGUGACGUCUGUUGGGAUGAACACAACAUGGGGUGAGAUGAUGAGCACAAUCAGCCGCGAAACUAAUGAACAGACACCCUUACAAGCUCGGCUUAACAAGCUAACUUCAUCAAUUGGUAAAGUUGGUUUGGCAGUAGCUUUUCUAGUUCUUGUAGUGUUGCUGGUUCGCUACUUCACAGGGAAUACAGAAGAUGAGAAUCGAAAUCAGGAGUUCAAUGGCAGCAAAACUAAGGCUGAUGAUAUAGUGAAUGCUGUGGUCGGAAUCAUUGCUGCUGCAGUUACCAUUGUGGUCGUUGCCAUUCCAGAAGGUUUGCCGUUGGCUGUCACACUCACUCUUGCUUAUUCAAUGAAGAGAAUGAUGGCUGACCAGGCUAUGGUUCGGAAGCUCUCUGCCUGUGAGACCAUGGGCUCUGCCACCACCAUUUGUACUGACAAAACAGGUACCCUCACUCUGAACCAGAUGAAGGUGACAAAGUUUUGGCUUGGCAAACAACCUAUUGAAGCUGCCUCUUCAAUUUCCACAAAUCUUCUCAAACUGAUUCAACAAGGAGUUGCUUUGAACACUACCGGUAGCAUUUACCGGGAGCCUUCCUCAUUUAAAUUCGAGUUUUCUGGUAGUCCCACUGAAAAAGCAAUACUUUCUUGGGCUGUCCUGGAACUUGAUAUGGACAUGGAGAGAAUGAAGAAGAAUUAUAACAUUCUUCAUGUUGAAGCUUUCAAUUCGGAGAAGAAGAGGAGCGGGAUUUUAAUAAGGAAGAAGGCUGACAACACAAUCCACGUGCACUGGAAGGGAGCGGCAGAGAUGAUAUUAGCAAUGUGUUCCAGUUACUAUGACGUCUCUGGAAGCAUGAAAGAUAUGGAUGAUGGUGAAAGGAUGAUAUUUGAGCAAAUAAUUCAAGGUAUGGCAGCUAGCAGCCUCCGCUGCAUUGCUUUGGCCCAUAAACAGAUACCAGAGGAAGAGCAUGAAAUUGGGGAAGGCCCACAAAAGCUAAAAGAAGACAGCUUGACCCUUAUAGCACUGGUGGGGAUAAAGGACCCAUGUAGGCCAGGGGUGAGAAAAGCCGUGGAAGAUUGCCAAUAUGCUGGAGUGAAUGUUAAAAUGAUCACUGGCGACAAUAUUUUCACUGCGAGAGCCAUAGCCACUGAAUGUGGAAUAUUAAGACCAGGUCAAGAAAUGAACAGUGAAGCAGUGGUAGAAGGUGAGGUAUUUCGACAGUACACCCAGGAAGAGAGAAUGGAGAAAGUCGAUAAAAUCCAUGUGAUGGCUAGAUCCUCUCCCUUUGAUAAACUUCUUAUGGUACAGUGCUUGAAACAGAAAGGCCAUGUGGUCGCAGUCACAGGCGACGGCACAAAUGAUGCACCGGCAUUAAAAGAAGCUGACAUAGGACUUUCUAUGGGGAUACAGGGCACUGAAGUUGCAAAGGAGAGCUCAGAUAUCAUCAUUUUAGAUGACAAUUUUGCUUCUGUAGCCACGGUUUUGAGGUGGGGAAGGUGUGUUUAUAACAACAUCCAGAAAUUCAUCCAGUUCCAGCUCACAGUGAAUGUUGCAGCCCUUGUAAUCAACUUUGUGGCAGCAGCUUCAGCUGGUGAGGUACCACUGACAGCCGUCCAGUUACUAUGGGUGAACUUGAUCAUGGACACAUUAGGUGCUCUGGCUCUCGCAACAGAGCGGCCCACCAAGGAACUCAUGGAGAAGCCACCUGUGGGUCGAGCUGAGCCCCUCAUCACCAACAUCAUGUGGAGGAAUCUAUUAGCCCAAGCUCUGUAUCAGAUAGUCGUACUCUUGACCCUACAAUUCAAUGGAGAAUCAAUCUUUGGCGUGAAUCAGAAGGUGAAAGACACCCUGAUAUUCAACACUUUCGUUCUAUGCCAAGUCUUCAAUGAAUUCAAUGCAAGGGAGCUGGAGAAAAAGAACGUGUUCGAGGGGAUACAUAAGAACAAGUUGUUUUUGGGGAUCAUUGGGAUAACCAUUAUCCUUCAGGUGGUUAUGGUGGAGUUUUUGAAGAAAUUUGCGGAUACAGAGAGGUUGGAUUGGGGACAAUGGGGUGCAUGCAUUGGAGUUGCAGCUGCAUCUUGGCCAAUCGGCUGGCUUGUCAAGUGCAUACCUGUUUCAGAUAAACCAGUUCUCGACUAUCUGAAGUGGUAGGAACAUCAGUCCAUCGAUGCAUAUUAUUCUUGUAUUUUAUUCGCCUACCACCCUCUAAAGGGUACUAGUUAGUGACGCACUCCUGUAUUAAAUUUUGUCAUUUCUCGUCUUGGAAUAUUUGAUGCAAGUAUUGUUAAAAUAAUAAAAUUUUAUGUUUUUUUGUUUUUU